CAAGUUGCUAGUCACCAAGCACACUAGAUCUGGGGCCGAGGCUCGCUGUCACGAUCUAUCAAACGAUCGCGUGUCUCUUGGUCACCUAAACCACCUUUAUACAGAGUACCUAUGGCACAAUUCGAGAUGGCUGAUGGAAGCCAUCCAAUCAAAGAAGAGGGCCCUAAGCGGAAGAUUCAUAUAGAGACACGAUUUGGACGAGCGAGACGGUCACGAAGUCGCAAGGAUCGUCCUUGCGAUGCUUGCCGUCAUCGCAAAUCGGCGUGUGUCAUCACUGUGCGACCACCAUGUCGAUAUUGUGAGGGAAAGGGCCGAGAUUGCACAUUUGCGUCGACUCCUACGGAGAGGAUUCGAAAGCCAACGACAACUACAAGACCUAGGGCUUCUACCAGUGACAGCACUGGAUCUUCCGUUGUUGGGCCCUCCAAGCAGAGUAAGAAUGGAUCUCCAGAACAAUUCUCUGCCAAUAUGCAGAUUGACGCGUACAGGGGUGACGGGUUUGGCACGUAUGGCACAUUCAUAUAUCCAGACGGUAAUCAUGCACCAGAUCCAGCGGGAGGUUCAAUCAUGCUCCCAGCCCCUAUGGUCUACAAUCCCCAUUCAUUAAAUCAGCUAUCGCCGGUCAACGUCGGUCCACCUGAUAUGCGUUAUAACCAAAGUCGCCUCUCCUGUCGACCGGAGCCGCAGAACUCUUCGGACCAUAGCUGUACUCGCCCGGAGGGACCCGGGGAAGGGACUCUAGACGACGUCAAGGGACUAACAGCCCAUUUUCUGGGCCCUUCCAGUGACCAGGAUGCAAAUUUACUUUCUUCUUUUCGCUCCAAUAUCUUGAACGAGACCAGCUAUGUAGAUGUCAAUAUACGUCAAGUGUUUCCUGGAAAUGUCCCAGAUAGGCGGCCUCCGAUCCAUUUCAAUAUUGUCCAUGAUUUGUUUCCAGAUCGAGACAACAAGGUGAAACAGCUGGCAUCGGAGCGGAUCGAAACCCUCGUGGGAUCAUGCGGCGACGCAUUAGUCCGCUUAUAUUUUCGCUUCGUACAUCCAGCAUUUCCAAUUCUCUCAAAGGCACGUUUUCUGAAGUCAUACUCCGAGGACAAGUUCAGUAUCCCUGCCUCCUUACGAGGAGUGGUAUACGGGCUAGCCUGUCCCUUCUGGGCGCAGGACAGUACUUUGCAGUCCCAACCCCUUGUUUCACAACAUGAACUCUUCGAUCAAGUCCAUACUGCGCUCAACAGGGAACUCGAUUCACCGAAGUUGAGUACACUACAAGCAUGCCUGCUGGCCUUGCAGGAGACACCACCUUUGACGCAGACAACAGAGAGUCCUAGAAAUUGGACCUUUGCUUGUCAAGCAACCUCAUGUGCGCAGAACCUGGGUCUCCAGCAGGAUCCAUCGCUCUGGAAUAUACCGGCGUGGGAGAAAAGCCUACGGAAGAAGUUGUGGUGGGCGACCUUUGCAACUGACAAAUGGUCAUCCUUAAGUCACGGCAAUCCUUCUCAUAUCCCUCAGAGUUCCUUCGAUACCAGCGACAUUACAAUAGAGGAUCUACUAGUCGAAGAAGACGUGGCAGAUUUGGCGUGUGGCCGUAUCAUAUCUGAGCCCGAUCGACAUCCUAAUCGAUCCAGGGCAGUCAACUUCCUCGAGACAGUCAGACUGUCCAAACUUCUAAGCACGCUUCUCGAUUACGCAUACACUGUACGCGAUCCCUCAUUCUUGGCUCCAACAGCUACUGGACUGGUCGAUCAGUCGCUGUAUGUCCUGCGAGCUGAAAUGGAUGGCUGGUAUACAAUGCUGCCUCAAUGUCUCGCGGUCAGCUACACAGCAGGAAUAGGUGACACUCGCACAAAUGGACCUCUCCAUUUAGCGUUUUUCUCAGUCAAGAGCCUCCUUCUACGCGCUCUUAUGUCUCCUGCGACACCGUUGUCAAAGUCUAAUCCGUUCUCUAAUCUCCGCACGCACUUUGAUUCAGCCUUAGAGGAAUUUAGCCUCUUCGUGAAACUGGUAUCUAGCAUUAAGGCAGAGGACUUGUGUGCUUUCUGGGGCCGGCAUUCAAGAACUCAUCUCGUGCACGCCGGUAACUUUCUGAUAUAUCUAUUUCUAUGUGCCUCGACGGCCGGACAAGUUGAGAAGUCCUAUGCGCUCUUAGAAGGCUACAGACACGCAUUGCGAUGUCUAGCUGAGGUGACUGACGAGGCCGGUACGGGACUUGUACGGCCUGCCCUUUUGCGAACCGAGUCGUUCUUCAAAGAGGCCAUCAAGAUCAUGCGGAAGGGGGGAGUUAGGGACGAGGCUUAGCGCCGUACUUCUAAUCGUCGUUCGUCACAUCCUAAUGUGGUUACAGAUGAGUUCUCCUCGUUUUUACAACACUAAUGCACAACAUACCACAAGCGUUCAUGGCUAAUUGCUAUCCAUAUCCUACUCUAUUACGGUUGAUGUUGAAAUGAGUUCUUAUGCCGAAACUGAUUGAUGUGAAAGUUUCUUUUCUCUCUGUCAUUACCCCCUGUUUAUAAUUCAAGCCCGUUUUGAAGAUAAUCGUCGCUUCAAUUACGAGAUAGCUAAUAUAUAUAACAUCACAUCUUCACAUAU